AUGUCUUUGGUUUUCAAUAGAAAACCUAUGGCCCAUAGCGACAAAACUCUCCAGCUACUUCUGGAAAAAUUUCCACUAUACGUAGAAGAGUGGAACCCAAAUGGGUCCGAAGACGAAAUGUUUGAGGUAUACUUGACCUCAACCAACCUUAUAAAACGCAGUAUAAAGACUAUCGAACAGAGUAGAAACUCAUUGCAGUCACUGAUAGACAAACUGAAGAUGGAAUAUAAUGAUUCGAGAACAAAAGGCAACAAAAAGGAGCUCGAAAAAGAAAUCGAGGAAAUUGAAAGUGAAACAAAAUUCACUGAUAUCAUGGAAAGAGCAAAUGAAAUGAUAUUCAUGCUAGAAGCAAGAGCCACAGAAGCAGCAAGUCAAGCUGAUAAAUUUGCAAGGAAGUUGAGAAUAAAAUUACAUAGAAACCAACGAAUAGUAACGCAUGUUGAAGAUGUAAAUAAUCGAUCGCCACAAACGGGAAGUGCCAGAACGGCAACCGAUCAAAGUAAUGACGAAACCUUCAGCCCAGAUGAACCAAUAUGGCUGUCAGAGGAUCAUUCUGAUACCAGCAGAGAGGCGAUCGAAGAAGACUUCAUAUGUAGAACUCUCAAACCAAGUCAAAUGAAAUAUCCUAGAUUUUGGGGAGAUGAAGAAGAAUUACUAGAGUUCUGGGCAGUCUAUGAAACUUUGGUACAUCAAAAAAAAGUACUGAGUACAGUUGAGAAAAUGUUUCUUCUCAAAGAUAGUCUUCGAGGAAGAGCAAAAUGA